AUGGCAAAAGGUGAUGACGCCCUUGCUGGGCGCGACGAGCGAAACAUUGCGAGUCAUCGAUUUCCACCACAUGCUACGAGCGAUCGAACAUUCAAAUUCCAAGGACUGUACAUAUCAGUUUUCAACGAAGAGACACAGGACAGAAAGACUCUGGAGGAAAACGUCACGGAAUACAAAGAUUUCGAGGUCCCAAAGGGCUACACAACCUAUGUUCGAGGGGUAGAGAUAAUGCGCUGGGAAAAUUAA